ACACCAGCUAGGUUUGCCAAACUGAAGAGCCACAGCGCACUUUAGAAAAUUAGUAGUAUUCCCUCUCUCUCUCUCUCUCUCUCUCUGAAACGUUACCUUUCUUCAGUGAGGAAACAACACCAGCGAUGGCUACGUCUUCUAGAAGGUCGAGCGGGGCGGUUUUGCCCGGCCACCGCGCCGGCGCUAUUCGCAAUUCCUCCACCUCCUCCUCGUCGUUCGCUUCGUCUACCAGCUACUAUUCCUCAUCUCCUGCAUCCAGUUUCCUCAACCAGCGCCGUGCGGCCUCUCCGACGCGCGUCAACCUCCACGGCCUGUUCUCUCCGCCUCCGUCGCGGUCCGUUCGCUUCGAAAUCGACAGAUCUAUAUCUCCGCGCCGCUCGAUCGCCGCGGCGCCGCGCAAUCAGGUCGUCCAGAGGAGCGGCCGCGGCGGGAGUAUUCAGAAGCGGACGUGCCUGUGCUCCCCGACGAAUCAUCCAGGUUCGUUUCGAUGCGCUUUGCACAAAAACAGCGGCGGGAAUCAACCGAUCUCAUACUCUCCGAAUCGGUUGAACAUGAGGAGAUCUGCGAUGACGAAUUCUCUGGUGCGGAUCGGCACCGUGGAAGGAGAUCUGGUGAAGCGAGCUCUAGCGGCUUUGAUUCGUCCGUCGUCGCACCAGCAGCGUCGCCGAGCCGACUUCCGGCCGCGGCGGAGCCGUCUCUCGGUCAUGUCCAGCGCCGACGACCUCUGACUCAGCGGUUUGGUUAUACUCGAAAUCACCAAUCGGUUGGCGAAAGCGUCCCGAUCCGCGGCGGCGACACCUGAACAAUUUUCGGAAACAGGGAAGCUGAUGUUUGUGUUGGUUGUACAUAUGAUUUCCAAAAUGAAGACGUAUUCGAUUUUUAAAAAAUAGAGAGCAUUCUCGAUCUAAUUGAAUGAAUGAAACGAAUUUGCCCAGCCACCAAAAAGCAAUGAGGGGAAGAAACUAUAAUUUGAAUCUAAAAUUGAAGGAACAAGUAGUAUGCGUGUUGAGAUUAUUGAGAUCAUUCCAUUCUCAUUGCUGCGUAUUCCGUUACGGUGUCGUUUCCGUUCAAUCCGUUCGUUCCGUUCCGUGCGUUGAUUCGUAUUGAGAUCUGUUGAAGCGUUGCCUGCAAGGAUCGUGAAGCAUGAAGUCGAAGGUCGCGGCUAUGGACUUUGAUCUGGUUUUACCUUAGCUUUGAAGGUGGAGAAUUACUAAAGAGACUGGGAACUUUACGGAAAUUACUUCACCUUUCUCCCUUCACGAAAGACUGCACAACAACUAAUUGGUAACGUAUGAAAGAAAUAGUGGACGGAGUGGUGACACGAACAAGUUAUAAUAAUGCAAAUUUAGAGAUGUACUCUCUCUGGCUCAUUUCUUUUCGGGACGAGAGAUUUAAGUAAUUUAAAAUGAAAUACCAUUCAAGUAAUUUGGGAUGAA